AUGGCUGUGCAAGCCGGCCUCAUCUACCAGGUGGAGAAUGAGACAAAUAUUUCUCAUUCAGCAGGCAUUGGUGCUGCGGUUAUGCUUUUUGUAUUUCAAGGCGCAUUCACGAUUGGAUUCCAGGCCACGGUCUGGGUAUAUCCAUCCGAGAUUCUUCCCCUUCGGUUGCGUCAGAAGGGAUCUUCUAUUUCUACUGCGGCAAAUUGGAUCUUCAAUUACAUGGUUGUGCGAAUUACGCCUAUUGCCAUUGAGAAUAUCGGCUGGAAGACAUACAUCAUCUUCGCCAUUCUCAACGCGACUUGGGUGCCAAUCAUUUUCUUCUUCUUCCCAGAGACUAAAGGGCUGGAACUGGAAGAUGUUGAUCGUUUGUUUGCAGGAGAUGAUGUAAUCGAGUCUGUGGGAGAAAAGUCGAUGGCACUGGCUACGGUUGAACAUGUCGGUCGUACCGAUGGGACAAACGAACGUGUUUGA